GACACUACAGAAUGAGGAGCUCCCAGGCUGGCAGUCAAAGAAGUUUUAUCACAGCUCCUGGACUAAAAGAGCAGGAAAGAGUUCUGAACAUAAUAAGAGGAUUAAGAAACGAUUGUUUUUAAUUUACAAAGUGAUUUCAUUUAACGGCAAUAGAACCCCAUUCCGGGGUAGAAUUCUCACUUAAACAUCUUAAACCUUUUUUUUUUAAUUAUUUGAAACACAGAUUGCAAAUUUAGAGCAAAAACUGUUGUACUGCAGUCAAUGAGAAAUUAGACAGCAUAUCAGCAUUUCAGGUGUGCUGAAAGAGUUAAACAUUUCACUUCAUAUAAUUAAACACAAGGCAACUCCACCCUGUACCAACAGUUCCCAGCAUGAUAACGCAAUACUCUCCCAGGUGACUUAUUGAGGUGAAUAGGGAGGAGUGGAAACAUUGGAUCUAUCUAGUGAUCCAGCACUGUGCUGUCAGUCUACCUUGGAGAUUGAGUACCUACAGCUGCGACUCUGAAACACUACGGCAGCUGCAUUAAUUCCUGUCAUCUUGUCUUGACUUCAACUAUGUCGGUUUUUGGCUCAAAAGCUCAUCCCAGCAAGAACCAGGCUUUGCUGGUGUCAGUAAUGGAGUUUUACCACGGGGUUCCCCUGGCGCCCAGGAGAGGGGUAAAGAAAGAUACCAAACGGUUGCACAAGAUCCUGUCCGGACUGGGCUUUCGAGUGACUAUCCACAACGACCUGACAGCUGAGGAGAUCCGCCACGUCUUCAAGACAGCAAGUUUGGAGAUGGGGGGAACCUGCUUCGUGGGGGUCCUGUCCAGCCAUGGAGAGGAGGGGCUGGUUUUUGGGGCGGACGGGAAUGCAGUCAGGCUGGCAGAGAUCUUCAGCUGGUUCGGGGAUUCUGGGACGGCAGGGGUGACGAAGCUCUUUUUUGUUCAGGCCUGUCGUGGGAACGAGCUGGACAGUGGCGUGGAGCUGGAGGCAGACGCCGUGUCGGUCAGUGAAGGGGACAGCUUCUCUCCCUGCCUCUCCAUUCCCAUUAACUCUGCAGCCAUGUUUGCCACUGUCCCAGGCUACGCUGCUUUCUUGAACCCUCUGGGUUCAGUCUUCCUCCAAACUCUGUGCGACCUCCUGGAGGAAGAAGGGGGGCGGAGCUUAGAGGUCACUCAGCUCAUGACCCGCCUCAACUACCGGGUCGCGCACAGUUUCGAGGGGAAGGGGCGGGACUUGAACGGGAAGAAGGAGAUGCCUUGCUUCGUCACGCGGCUCACGCGACAGGUCUUCCCAUUUGCCGACAGACUCCAAGAGCCCCUCCCACUAUAGGGGAGGAGACAGUGAAACCACACCCCCCAGGCACACGGCUGUGCCUCUCAUUAAGGAAUGUGCAAUAUCAAAUAAGGUUUACAAGUAAAAAAAGACUGAUACAACAGGAAAUAAAAUAGCUAUACAAUGAUAUUCGACAUGGUAUAAUUAUACAGGCAGUGGCUGAAGGGGCUGUGUGUGACAGUUCAUUGCUGGUUUUGUCCACUCACAAACAGAGGGAAUGGGUAUAUUGCCCUUUAAGAAAGAUGUGGGUUAGGAUGUGUACUUGAAGUAUACUACACAUUGAAAGUAUACAUGUUUUUUUUUUUUUUCAAACACGUAUGUUUUAAAGUGGUCGCCGUCAUUUCCUGCGGUUUUGUUUUCAUAUUGAUGUGUUUUGUGGCUGAUCAUGUAGGUGCCGAAGAGCUGUGAGCGGACGUUAUUGUAUUAAAUUGUGAUUUCGUAAUUUUUUUCGUAAAAAAAAAAAAAAAUGUAUAUGCAAGUACACUGACACCAGCUGUCAUUAUUUCAUCGUUUACUCAGGUAUGAAUAAUGCAGAUACAGCACAGAGAUUAACGUCUGCACAACUGAAUGCGAUUUGCACCAUUCUUGGUGAAAGAAUUCAUAAAGAAACACUAGCGUUGAUGGUAUGUAACUGGUAACUAUGUUCAGAUCCUUGAGUCCUUUAAAGUAAUCUGACAAGUUGUUCACUAAACAUUGACUUUACUUCAAAGCAUGGCGAUAAGAAAUAGUUUGACCCGCAGUGACCAAAUGCAGCCGACGAAAGCUUAAAAGAAUCUAAUGAAACUGGUAUAAAAUCAUACCCAGCGCUUUCCCGAGGUGGGCUUUGAAUCGCUGUAUCUCCGCCCCUCUCAAUCACAGCUCAGCUGCUCAGAAACGCGACUCCUACACUGAAAGCGGCCGAACCUGUUGUAGAAUUAAGAUGCUUCACACGCUUUUCCAGUCAAAUAAAAAAAUUUAAAAAAGGCGAGUCGUUUAUUACAGUAUUUUAUGAGCCCUUGAAAAAUAAACUUGUAAAAACAGCAAGCCUAGAGAUAUCACAAAGACGACUGCGUUCAGCUGAUAACGGUAUCCUAAGAACAUAAAGUUUACAAACGAGAGGAGGCCAUUCGGCCCAGCUUGCUCGUCUGGUUGUUAGUAGCUUAUUGAUC